UUUAUACAUUGAGGUUUGUGAUUGAUAUUAGCGGUUGUUGGCAGUAGACAGUAAACAGAGACCAGGGAGCGAGCGAGUCACAGAGUGAGAGACAGAGAGAGAAACAGAGAAAAAACAAAGAGAAAGUGAGAAAAGAUGCCUUGCCUGAACAUCUCGACCAACGUUGGCCUUGAAGGCGUCGACACCUCCUCAAUCCUCUCCGAAGCCACCUCCACUGUCGCCAAACUCAUCGGCAAACCCGAAGCCUAUGUGAUGAUUGUAUUGAAGGGAUCAAUACCCAUAGCAUUUGGUGGUACUGAGCAGCCAGCAGCCUAUGGUGAGCUGGUGUCUAUUGGUGGCCUUAACCCAGAUGUGAACAAAAAGCUGAGUGCUGCAAUUGCCACAAUUCUUGAGACUAAGUUGUCUGUUCCCAAGUCCAGAUUCUUCCUCAAAUUCUAUGACACUAAGGCACAUCAAUCUCAAGAAUAUGCACAGUGUUUGCAUGCUUUACACCAGAACUAGAUCAUGGUUCUAACUUUGGAUGGAAUGGGUCUACCUUCUAAAUUCUGUGGUACUUCUACUGUGGUGUGGUGUGGUGUGGUGAUUCCUAAUAGACUUGAUGCUUUGUAUUCAGAUAACUUAUGUUAUUUGGUAUCAUAAGUACUUUGUUAAUGCUGAGGACAUAUCAUUUCCUCAUGUGUUUCUAGUAUUAGGAAAUGUGGAACAUUUUUCUCAUAUGUUACCUUAAGCAUACUUUUUAUUUGGCAUUGGCCCAUGAUGUUAUGUUACUCAUGGGGUACAACCCAGGUUUGAAGUAAAAUCCCGUAUAUCAUUGUUAGAUUGUCAGUUGUUCGGGCUUGUUCUCUGUAUUAAUAAUUGGCUUGCUUCUUAUUCAAUAAGGGAAUUGCAUUCACCAAA